ACAAAGGCCCUUCUCAGGGCCACCCACAUCUGACAAAGAGCCGAUUCUACUGUUUUUACUGACGGUGUUAAGAGAAUGAACACUGUCCUGAACAUGUGACAUCCACCAAGGGGGAAAUGUAUUUGUCUUGUUGAAAUAUUAACUCUUUAUACUUUGUAUAAAAACUGGAGGUGGGGAUUCAGAGGUUACUUCAUAACAAGGAUCAAAAUGUUGUGCCCUCAUGAGGCUGUACUAUAUUUUACAGCUCUGGCCUUGUCCAGUCUGGUGAUCUGAGUCUGACCCACCCGGUCAUGUGAGGGGGAAAAUCGCUAAUUUUGCAUUUGAUCCUGGAUUGUGUCCCUCUAACUCGCCUGUGUGCGGGUUUAGGCCUGAAACACGUCUAUUGUUUCUGUUAAUGACCGUUUGGACCCCCCCCCCCACACACACACACACACGCCAAGAAACGGCCCCGCCCACAGACUGUCUUCUCCUACGUCCGCAAAAGCCACAUAAAACCAUAGGCGCAGCGCAGAGAGUUUUAUCUUCGGACAAACUGCAAACAUGAGCGGCCGCGGUAAAGGAGGUAAAGGACUCGGGAAAGGAGGCGCCAAGCGUCACCGUAAAGUUCUCCGUGACAACAUCCAGGGCAUCACCAAACCCGCCAUCCGCCGUCUGGCUCGUCGCGGCGGUGUGAAGCGUAUCUCCGGUCUGAUCUACGAGGAGACCCGCGGAGUGCUCAAGGUGUUUCUGGAGAACGUGAUCCGUGACGCAGUGACGUACACCGAGCACGCCAAGAGGAAGACCGUGACCGCCAUGGACGUGGUGUACGCCCUGAAGAGACAGGGCCGCACUCUACCGAGUCUCAGACUCAGGUUUAAACUAAACUCAGAGAAAAUGGCCAGAACCAAACAAACCGCGCGUAAAUCCACCGGAGGAAAAGCUCCGCGGAAACAGCUCGCCACCAAAGCCGCCCGUAAGAGCGCCCCGGCCACCGGCGGCGUCAAGAAGCCUCACCGCUACAGGCCCGGCACCGUGGCCCUGAGGGAGAUCCGCCGGUACCAGAAGUCCACCGAGCUGCUCAUCCGUAAACUGCCCUUCCAGCGCCUCGUGAGGGAGAUCGCCCAGGACUUUAAGACCGACCUGCGCUUCCAGAGCUCGGCCGUCAUGGCUCUGCAGGAGGCGAGCGAGGCGUAUCUGGUGGGACUGUUCGAAGACACCAACCUGUGCGCCAUCCACGCCAAGAGAGUCACCAUCAUGCCCAAGGACAUCCAGCUGGCCCGGCGCAUCCGCGGAGAGAGAGCUUAA